UUUUUGAUCCGUGAGGGUCUGUGAGGUUUUAGCACCAAUAUUUGAGAGAGUUCAAGCAAAAUCAUGGAAGCAAGUAUCAGUUUGGCCGCAAAGGUCCCUGUUGUUUGUGGCCAAAAUUAUCAAGUUUGGUCAAUUAAAAUGAUGGCAUAUCUGAGAGCAUUUGACCUCUGGGAUGCUGUUGAGCACGACAUUGAUCCACCCCCUUUUACGGAGAAGAGGAUUGUAGAAAAGGUUCUUGUGAGUUUACCAGAGAAAUUUGAGCAUAAAAUUUCUUCUCUGGAGGACUCAAAGGACAUGACACAAAUGACACUUUCCGAACUUGUGAAUGCACUUCAAGCUGUAGAACAAAGGAAAGCAAUAAGGCAAGAAGCUGAAGGUGCCGUUGAAGGUGCUUUUAUUGCAAAUGAAAAAGGAAAGGGUCAGUUCAAAUAUGAUGAAGAGAGGCAAUUUUUGGACAAAAGUGGAAAGGAGAAGAGAGAUUUUCAGAAGGACCAACAAAACAACAAUUGUAGAGGUAAGAAAGAGCCUUAUCCUCCAUGUCCACACUGUGGAAAGAUGACUCAUACGACAACUUACUGCUGGUUUAGGCCUGGUUUAAAUGCAGCUCAUGUAAGGAAUUUGGCCAUGUUGAAAAGACUUGGAAAUGGAGAACUUGUUGAGGUGAAAGGAAAAGGGACAGUUACUGUUAAUACACCAACUGGUAUCAGGUACAUUUGUGACGUUUUAUAUGUGCCUUACUUGAGCCAAAAUUUGAUUAGUGUUGGUCAGCUAUUAGAGAAUGAUUAUUCAGUGCAUUUUCAUGAUGAAUGUGUUGAUGUGGUUGAUAAACUUGGUGUAAAAUUAUUUACUGCUGGUAUGAAUCAUAGAAAUUUUUCUGUUGAUUGGAGUCAAACUGAAAUUAAAGCAUGAACUACUGUUGUGGAUGAAUCCGAGAAAUGGAAUGGGAGGUUUGAUGGUGUAUGUGGUGUAAGUCAAAAGGAAAAUUUUAGUAAGUUUUCAUUUUCAGUGAACAAUGCUUGGAGAGCUACAAAAAAGCUCCAUUUUGUUCAUUCUGUUUUUGUGGUCUAGUGCAGAUCUCAUCAAUAAAUGGCAGCAAACUUUUCUUAUUGUUUAUUGAUGAUUUCAGUGGAAUAUAUGUGCUGGGUUUAUUUCUUGAAGCAAGUAUUCAAAGUUUUUGCUGUGUUUGUGGAGCUUUAAGGCUUGCUAAAAAGGAAAAGGAGGUGCAGAUUCUAUAUUGCAGCUCAGAACAUCAGUUAGCAAACUUUUUCACCAAACCUUUGCCGAAGAAAAGGUUUGAAGAAUUUAGAGACCAGCUCGGCAUUUGCAGCUUUGUUGCAAGGAGGAGGUUGUUGGAACUGUUCCAGAUAAGCGUGCCACCAAAGCUGCUAUGUUGUUGUCCGGUUGAGUCUAUUUAUUUGUUAUUUGAAUUUAAUUUAGUUUGUUUGCAGUUUGAAUUAGUUUGUUGUAGCUUGUUUUAAGUGUUUUUAAGUUUAUAGCAGUUUGUUUAAGUUUGUUUGUAUUGGAUAACUGUUGAGGUAGUUUUGUAACUACCCUUAUCUGUAUAUUUAAGUAUUUUACAUAAUGAAAACUGUGUUGCUUC